CGGUCACGUGGUCUUUCCUUUCCGUCUCGGGCCGGCUGGGCGCGGGCGUCUGCUGGCGGCGCGUGGAGCCUCGCGCUGCUUCCCCGGCUCCGCUCUCCGGGCCCCCGAGGAGUUGGCCGCCGCCGCCGCCGGGUGAACCGCGCCUGCCGCCACCAUGCCGGCCUACUUCCAGAGGCCCGAGAACGCCCUCAAGCGCGCCAACGAAUUUCUUGAGGUUGGCAAAAAGCAGCCUGCUUUGGAUGUUCUUUAUGAUGUUAUGAAAAGUAAGAAACAUAGAACAUGGCAGAAAAUACACGAGCCAAUUAUGUUGAAAUACUUGGAACUAUGUGUGGAUCUUCGCAAGAGCCACCUGGCUAAGGAAGGAUUAUACCAAUAUAAGAACAUCUGUCAGCAGGUAAACAUCAAAUCUCUAGAAGAUGUUGUUAGGGCAUAUCUGAAAUUGGCAGAGGAAAAAACUGAAGCUGCAAAAGAAGAAUCCCAGCAGAUGGUUUUAGACAUAGAAGAUCUGGAUAAUAUUCAAACUCCUGAGAGUGUCCUAUUAAGUGCUGUGAGUGGUGAGGACACUCAGGACCGAACUGACAGAUUACUCUUAACUCCAUGGGUUAAAUUCCUGUGGGAAUCAUACAGGCAGUGUUUGGACCUUCUUAGGAAUAAUUCUAGAGUGGAGCGUCUCUACCAUGACAUUGCCCAGCAAGCUUUCAAAUUCUGCCUUCAAUAUACCCGAAAGGCUGAAUUCCGUAAACUGUGUGACAAUCUGAGAAUGCACUUGUCGCAGAUUCAACGCCACCAUAACCAAAGCACUGCAAUCAACCUUAAUAAUCCGGAGAGCCAGUCCAUGCAUUUGGAAACCAGGCUUGUUCAGCUGGACAGUGCUAUCAGUAUGGAGUUAUGGCAGGAAGCAUUCAAGGCUGUGGAAGAUAUUCAUGGGCUGUUCUCCUUGUCUAAGAAGCCACCUAAACCUCAGUUGAUGGCCAAUUACUACAAUAAAGUCUCAACUGUGUUUUGGAAAUCUGGAAAUGCUCUUUUCCAUGCCUCUACCCUUCAUCGUCUUUACCAUUUGUCUAGAGAAAUGAGAAAGAAUCUUACACAAGAAGAGAUGCAAAGAAUGUCGACGAGAGUUCUUUUGGCCACUCUCUCCAUCCCUAUUACUCCUGAACGCACUGACAUUGCCCGACUCCUGGACAUGGACGGCAUUAUAGUGGAAAAGCAGCGUCGCCUCGCAACCCUGCUGGGACUGCAGGCCCCACCAACGCGGAUUGGCCUUAUAAACGAUAUGGUCAGAUUUAAUGUACUGCAGUACGUGGUCCCAGAAGUGAAAGACCUGUACAAUUGGCUGGAGGUAGAAUUCAACCCACUGAAACUCUGUGAGAGAGUCACAAAGGUUCUAAAUUGGGUUAGGGAACAGCCUGAAAAGGAACCAGAAUUGCAGCAGUAUGUUCCCCAGCUGCAGAAUAACACCAUACUCCGACUCCUGCAGCAGGUGGCACAAAUUUAUCAGAGCAUUGAGUUUUCUCGUUUGACUUCUCUGGUUCCUUUUGUUGAUGCUUUCCAACUGGAACGGGCCAUAGUAGAUGCAGCCCGGCAUUGCGACUUGCAGGUUCGGAUCGACCACACCUCUCGGACCCUUAGUUUUGGAUCGGAUUUGAACUAUGCUACUCGAGAGGAUGCUCCUAUCGGCCCGCAUCUGCAGAGCAUGCCUUCCGAGCAGAUACGGAACCAGCUCACUGCCAUGUCCUCGGUUCUUGCCAAAGCACUUGAAGUCAUCAAGCCUGCUCAUAUACUGCAAGAGAAGGAAGAACAGCACCAGCUGGCUGUCACCGCUUACCUUAAAAAUUCCCGGAAGGAGCACCAGCGCAUCCUGGCUCGGCGACAGACAAUUGAAGAGAGGAAGGAGCGCCUCGAGAGCCUGAAUAUUCAGCGUGAGAAAGAAGAACUGGAGCAGCGGGAAGCUGAACUUCAGAAAGUCCGGAAGGCCGAGGAAGAGAGACUGCGGCAAGAGGCAAAGGAGAGAGAGAAGGAGCGCAUCUUACAGGAACACGAACAGAUCAAAAAGAAAACAGUCCGUGAGCGUUUGGAGCAGAUCAAGAAAACAGAACUGGGUGCCAAAGCGUUCAAAGAUAUUGACAUUGAAGAUCUUGAGGAAUUGGAUCCCGAUUUUAUCAUGGCAAAACAGGUUGAACAACUGGAGAAAGAAAAGAAAGAGCUCCAGGAACGCCUGAAGAACCAAGAGAAGAAGAUCGACUAUUUUGAAAGAGCUAAACGUUUGGAAGAAAUCCCGUUGAUCAAGAGCGCAUACGAAGAACAGAGGAUAAAGGACAUGGACCUGUGGGAGCAGCAGGAGGAGGAGAGGAUCACAACCAUGCAGCUGGAACGGGAGAAGGCUCUCGAACAUAAGAGCCGCAUGUCACGAAUGUUGGAAGACAGAGAUUUAUUUGUAACGCGACUCAAGGCUGCACGGCAAUCUGUUUAUGAGGAGAAACUUAAACAGUUUGAAGAGCGACUGGCAGAAGAAAGACAUAAUCGCCUGGAAGAACGCAAGAGGCAACGGAAAGAAGAGCGCAGAGUAACUUACUACAGAGAGAAAGAGGAGGAGGAGCAGAGGAGGGCCGAGGAGCAGAUGCUGAAAGAGCGGGAAGAGAGAGAGCGAGCUGAACGUGCAAAACGUGAGGAAGAGAUGCGGGAGUAUCAGGAACGGGUCAAGAAAUUGGAAGAAGUAGAAAGGAAAAAACGCCAAAGGGAGCUGGAAAUUGAAGAACGCGAGCGGCGUCGAGAGGAGGAGCGGAGACUUGGUGAAGACCCACUCUCUAGAAAAGACUCCCGUUGGGGAGAUCGAGACUCAGAAGGCACAUGGAGGAAAGGCCCCGAGGCGGACUCUGAGUGGCGGCGAGGCCCCCCGGAGAAGGAGUGGCGGCGCGGAGAGGGCCGGGACGAGGAGCGGCUGCACCGGAGAGAUGAGGAGAGGCCGCGGCGCCCUGGCGACGACGACGAGCGGGAGUCCGCGCUCAGGCCCGACGAAGACCGUGUCCCCCGACGGGGCCUGGACGACGACCGCGGUCCCCGGCGCGGGCCUGACGAUGAUCGCUUUCCCCGCCGCGGCCUCGACGACGACCGGCCGUCCUGGCGCAGCGCUGACGAAGACCGGCCUCCCCGGCGGGGUGGCGACGAAGACCGGGGCAGCUGGCGCCACGCCGAUGAUGACAGGCCACCGCGGCGGGGACUGGAUGAGGAGCGAAGCUGGCGUGCCGCCGACGAUGACAGAGGACCGAGACGGGGGCUGGACGACGAGCGGGGCCCGCGGCGUGGAGGCGCCGACGAUGACCGGCCGUCCUGGCGCAGCGCUGACGACGAGCGGGGGCCCCGGCGCGGGCUGGACGAUGACCACGGCCCUUGGAGGAACAUGGACGACGAACGGAUGCCCAGGCGCGGGGCGGACGAUGACCGGGGGCCGUGGAGGAACAUGGACGACGAACGGAUACCCAGGAGGGGCGACGACGGGAGGCCUGGCCCCUGGAGGCCUCUGGUCAGGCCAGGUGGAUGGAGAGAAAAAGAAAAAGCCAGAGAAGAGAGUUGGGGUCCACCUCGAGAAUCGAGACCACCAGAAGAACGCGAAUGGGAUAGAGAUAAAGAAAGAGAUAAUCAAGAUCGUGAUGAAAAUGACAAGGAGCCAGAGAGAGAGCGGGACAGGGAGCGAGACGCCGACCGAGAAGAUCGCUUCAGGCGGCCCAGGGAUGAAGGUGGCUGGAGAAAAGGACCCGCCGAAGAAGCUUCAAGCUGGAGGGAUUCAGGUCGCCGUGAUGAUAGGGAUGACCGUCGCCGUGAUCUGAGAGACCGACGAGACCUCGACAGGGACCGGAGAGGCCCUCCGCUCCGCUCAGAGCGCGAAGAAGUCAGUUCUUGGAGACGUGCUGAUGACAGGAAAGAGGAACGGGGGGAAGAGCGGGAGCCCCCUCGCCGCGUCCCUCCGCCAGCUGUUACGAGGGACCGAGAGCGAGACCGAGAGCGAGAAAGUGGUGACAAAGAGAAGCCCUCUUGGAGAGGCGACAAAGAUAGGGAAUCUCUGCGUCGUACUAAGAAUGAGACUGACGAAGAAGGAUGGACCACGGUACGACGUUAAGUCUCGCUCGUGGAUUCGAACUCGUGUCUUACAUGGGUUUGAUGACGUUCGGGGAUGAUUAUACUGUGCUUCAACCAAUCUCAGUUGGAUUCUUUUAAUGUUCUCUCUCCAUAACACAAAAAGCAUGAACUUGUAUUAAUCCUAUAUAAUAGAUUGAUCAUGCACCGUACCCACAGAAGGUUGGAAUACCAUGCCAUUUUCUGGAAUUUAAGGUGUUGCAUUAUUUCAUCAAUCAUUUGUUUACAAAAAAGAAAAACUAAAAAAUAAAUUUGAAAUGUGAACCCUUCAGGUAUUGAGUAACACACCUGUAUCUUGGCAUAGAAAUGAUCUUUUUUUUUUGUUUUCUUUUGUUUUUAAAAUAUCUGAUUAAUUUGGAAUGAGGUAUGGUUCUGUUUUAGAAAAGUAUUUGAGAACUUAAAAGCAGGGAGCUGAAACAAUUUUCACGCCAUUAGCAAUUGAUACGUACCUCUGUAUCGCUUGAGGUAGCUAUUGUUAUAAAUUGAGAAAGUUUUUAGGUUCACUCUAACUGCAGUAAACAUUAGAAUACAGUGGAUUUCUCUGUAGGCUUGAGAGGAGGCGAGUAACUCGAAAGCAAGCAGGCUGCAGUCUCACUGUAGUGACAAGACUGCUUGAGUGGGAAUCCGAAACAAUUAAGCCUUGAAAUUUUAAAGCAUUUGGUAAACUAUUGCUGAACUUUUUCUGUUGCCAAUAGCAAACUGCUUUUCCAUUAAUGGAGAAUUCAUGCCUUUCAAACAUUUUAAAUAUGACAAUAUUUAUAAAUGUGUGGUUUGGAGGAUUGUUUUUAAGUUCUUUUUCCUAAUUUUCUUUCUCUCCAGAAUAGAUUCUUUGAACAAGUAAUUUGUAGUAAUGACUGUGUUGCCUUCAAUUUUUGAGUGUAGUAGCUAUGUUAAAGAUGGACUCUCCGGUCUUAUUGAAGCCAACACAGAACUUGCUGCUGUGGUUUUUCUUCAAUGAUAAAUAAAAUACUUACAGAAUUUUAGUGUUGA